UCCUUUGUCCCUCGCGGUGACCCGUCGGGCUCCAUGGUAACGCAGCCGCCGCCUAAGCUAAAGCUAAGUGCUGUUUUGCUAGCAGGCGGCAACAUCAAAGCUUUUUAAUACUUUAAGCAAUAAAACCCUAAGAAUGUGACGUCACGUUAAAUUUACCGACAACCCCCGCGAGCUGAGAUGAAGAGACCGGAGCGACCCGAGCGAUGUGAUCCCUGUUGAAGAUUCCUCCUCCAGAAGACACGAUGCCUGUGCUGAACAUCUGGGAGCUCUCCAUCCCGCUGCCGGCUGUUCUGAUGAUCACUCUGGGUGUUUACAUGGCUGUUCUGUGCAUCGGGCUGUGGAUCCGAUUCUGUCUCAAGGACCGGUGUUCCUCAGACUGCAGGGACUGCUGUCCCAACAUCUCUGUUUGUGAACGCUGCUUCAGACUGGCUGAAAUGUGCAACUGUCGCCUGCCAACUGUGCGUUCAUGUCUGACCGACUCGUGUCCUGCUCCGACUUGUGCCAAGUGGGACUGUGCCUGCACCUGUCAGCCUCCCGAGUGCGAGUCCUGCAACUGCCUUUGCUUCGAGAUCCGGAUCAAGUAGAAGAAGAGGAUGGAGAAUCGUCAUGUGUCUGAUCCCAGAAGUUCUGCUUUCCUCCACCUGGAGGCGCCGUCUCUGUUCACAGUAAAUUCAGGGACUCAUUCAUUCACUUCAACAUUAAUAUGGUUUUUAUUGUUUGAGGCUUUUAUUUCUCAGAGUCUCUGAUCUGCUUCGUCUGAAGACGACGAUUUUUAUAUUCUAUUUUUUUAAUGUUCUUUUUGUGGAAUUUGUAUCGUCAGACUUUAAUGUUCGAGAAUGUUGUAAAAGAGACUGAAGUUGCUUGUUGCUGUGAUUUUAUACAUUUAUAUUUUUAUUUUUCAAAAGUUGUAUUAAAUUCUGAAGAGUUAAAAA